AUGGAGACUGAGUUUUACUUGUCCAUGGAGGAGGACGACGACGAGGAGGAGGAACAAGAGAUUUCUCCACCAAAGAAACCAUUGGAGGAGGCUAAAGAGAUGCUCGAGCUUCUCAAAAUGAACCAUGACAUCAUUUACUACGACGACGACGACGAACCCUUGUCGUACAUGGAUUUUUCGCCUGACUAUUUCGAUGAUGAAGAAGAAAAUUUGUUGGGGGCUAAUACGUGUGCCAACAUGGUCUUUUCGGUUGCGCUGUUGGAGCGACUAUUUCACGAGAACGAUGGUCGUCUCUUCCGAGCUUUGUGCCUGGAACAAGCACGAGGGUUUGAGAAAAGCCAGGACAUGCGAUUUCUGUGUCGCCGUGUGCUCACGCAUUUGUUGAACCACGACCUUUCCCAACUGCUACUCUCCCGCAGUUCCAGAGGACCGGCCCAUUGUCAUUCCGGACGAAUCAACUUGAAUCAUGAUCCAUGGUCUCUGCCGUCCUGUGAACUCAUUUUGCAAGUCCUGCAGGGGUUUCCCGAAGAGGUGGAUUCGUUCUGUGUCCACCGAGGACCUGGCGACGACGGGCCGUUUGGUUCGGUCGCCAUUCCCCGACGAUGGAGCAGCGAGAGAAGCUGUGAAUUUCUUCACGUGUUGUGGGAAGACUGUAUGGGGCUUUGUGCGCUCUUGUUGCGUCAUCUCUACUGUGCUCCCCGCGACACCGAAAUCCCGACGAGUUGGAUUCGAUCUGCCUACAUGCUUUGGCAGUGGAUGGUAGAUUGUCUGACUCACCCGGCACCAGCCAAGGCUGUUCUUUGGGGAGCCGACCAGAGUUUGAUGCUCAACGAGGACGGCGAGCGUCGUGGCUUCAAGAGCUAUUUCAUUCCUCUUCUCGCGACCUUUGGACCCCUUCGAGACACCAUGGACGCGUGCAAAAAGCAGAGACCGGACCCGCUUUUCCAUUACCCGUAUCAAGUGGCUGCUCUGUUGGUGGCGCAUUCCCAUCGCUUCGAACAUGAUCCACAGAACCGUGACGCCAUCUUUCACACAAAGUACUUGCACCAGAUCAUUGUUUCACAUUUUGACGAAGCUCAAAUUCUGUCUUGGAACAAGGUAUACAUGCCGUGGGCUGCGCAAGCGAUUGCUGCUAGUACCGGUACCAGCUAA